AAAUGAAAAGGAGUUGGUGGUUUCACAAUAGAAAAAUCGGAAAAUUCGUGUUACAUGGUUUUGUUACACUUUUAUCAAUUGUCACAUUUAAUAUUACUAUAUACCACUAAUUUAUGAUGAUGAUGAUUGAUCUCUUCCCAUAAUUGAAUUCCAAAAUAUAAACACUUUUGUUGUGUUUGACGGGUGAACGUGUUUUCUGGGUAAUAAUAUUCUUGUUCAUUUUCUCCUUUUUCAUUUUUUUAUUCAAAACAGGAAAAAUUAAAAGAAAAAGAAAAUUCUCCGAAUCAAAGCCAUAAACGUGUUGAGCUGUUUCCCUUUAUAUCUUCCACACACACACAUACUCUCAUUCUCAUUUGUUAUUUAGGUUUUUGAAACCCCGUUUCGUUGCUGUUUUUGGACUCAUCCAAACAAGUCAUAGAGUUCAUUCUUUCUCAUCUAUAGAUUUGUUCCGAAUGUCACAAUUGUUUAACGACGCAUUGUUUUGCUUACUUCCUCCACGCGUCUCUCACCGCCACCAUUUCUCGUUUUCAUUUCAGUUUCUGACAAUGAGAUCAAAAAACUCGUAGCACUCCUUUUCCUCUUUCUUGGUUUCUCAUUUUUGUAAACAAAGUCUUUUUUUUUUUUGUUGAUAGAUCAGAGACAAAAAUGGCAUCUUUAUUCGAUUGGGGUGUUAAAGAAAGUCACAGAGGAACCCCAGUUGUUGUUAAAAUGGAUAAUCCAAAUUGGUCGAUGGUUGAACUUGAGGGUCCUUCAGAAGAAGAUUUAAUCAUAACAACAACAAAAACAAACCCUUCAUCAAGAGACAAAGGAAAAGGAAGAAACAAAAACGCUAAACAACUCACUUGGGUUCUUCUCCUUAAAGCUCAUAGAGCUGCUGGUUGUUUAACUUCUCUUCCUCCUGCAUUGUUUGCUUUAGUUUCCGCCGUUAAACGCCGUGUAGCUUCCGGUAGAACCGACGCAGAUGCCGAUGGUGGUGGUGGUAGGGAAAAGGAGAACCUUGCCGUGAAAAGUAGGUUCUAUUCAUUUAUAAAAGUGUUUCUUUGUUUGUCGGUGUUUUUGUUGUGUUUUGAGGUUGCUGCUUAUUUUAAAGGUUGGCAUUUUAGUGCACCGAAUCUUGAAUUAUUAUGGGCACCUGCAUUUGGGGUUAAGGAUGUUUUUGAUUGGUUUUAUGCUUUAUGGGUUUUGAUUCGUGUUGAGUAUCUUGCUCCUCCUUUGCAGUUCCUCACCAAUGCUUGUAUUGUUCUUUUCCUUAUUCAGAGUUUGGAUAGGUUGGUUCUUUGUUUAGGUUGUUUUUGGAUCCGGUUUAAGAAAAUUAAACCUGUUCCAAAAGGUGGUUAUUUAUUAGAUCUUGAAUCUGGUGAAAAGGGUUUCUUCCCUAUGGUACUUGUUCAGAUCCCUAUGUGCAAUGAGAAAGAGGUUUAUCAGCAAUCUAUUGCUGCAGUGUGUAAUUUGGAUUGGCCGAAAUCCAAUUUGCUGAUUCAAGUUUUGGAUGAUUCGGAUGAUCCAAUAACACAAUCUUUGAUCAAAGAGGAAGUUCAUAAAUGGCAACAAGAGGGUGCCAACAUUUUGUACCGACACCGUGUAAUUCGAGACGGGUACAAAGCUGGUAAUCUGAAAUCUGCAAUGAAUUGUAACUAUGUGAAAGACUAUGAAUUUGUUACCAUUUUCGAUGCCGACUUUCAGCCUACACCCGAUUUCCUUAAAAAAACUGUUCCUCAUUUUAAGGAUAAUGAGGAAUUAGGACUUGUUCAAGCUAGAUGGUCUUUUGUGAACAGGGAUGAGAACCUUUUAACAAGGUUGCAGAAUAUUAAUUUGUCUUUCCAUUUUGAAGUGGAACAACAAGUGAAUAGUGUUUUCAUUAAUUUCUUUGGGUUCAAUGGAACUGCUGGAGUUUGGAGAAUUAAGGCUUUGGAAGAAGCUGGUGGUUGGUUGGAGAGGACAACAGUAGAGGACAUGGACAUCGCCGUUCGAGCCCAUCUUCAUGGAUGGAAAUUCAUUUUCCUCAAUGAUGUUGAGUGCCAAUGUGAGUUACCUGAAUCGUAUGAAGCUUACAGAAAACAGCAGCACAGAUGGCAUUCUGGGCCAAUGCAAUUGUUUCGCCUUUGUUUGCCUGAUGUCAUAACAGCCAAGAUAAGCAUAUGGAAGAAAUUCAACAUGAUAUUUCUCUUUUUCCUUCUUAGAAAACUGGUGUUACCAUUCUAUUCAUUCACUCUAUUCUGCAUAAUUCUUCCCAUGACAAUGUUCGUACCAGAGGCCGAGAUUCCGGCCUGGGUUGUUUGUUACAUCCCAGCCGUCAUGUCAUUUCUCAACAUCCUUCCAGCUCCAAAAGCCUUCCCUUUCAUCGUACCAUAUCUCCUAUUCGAAAACACCAUGUCGGUUACAAAAUUCAACGCCAUGAUCUCCGGCCUAUUCCAGCUAGGAAGUGCAUACGAAUGGGUAGUCACCAAGAAAUCAGGCCGUUCAUCCGAGGGCGACCUAGCUUCAUUGAUCGAGAAACCAAAGCAUCAGAGAGGGUCCUCAGAACCUGAUUUAGAGGAAAUGAAAGAGGAGAUUAGAAGACAAGAGGAAAAUGAAAAUGUGGCUCAGAAGAAGAAGAAAAAACAUAACAGAAUAUAUAUGAAGGAACUUGCUUUGGCUUUUUUGCUUCUAACAGCUUCAGCAAGAAGCCUUCUUUCAGCUCAAGGGAUUCACUUCUACUUCUUGUUAUUCCAAGGAGUUUCAUUCCUUUUGGUUGGUCUUGACUUGAUUGGUGAACAAGUAGAUUGAAAUUGAAAAAAACUCAAAAAAAAAAACUAUAAGUAGUAAUAACUGGACUAUGUACAAUGUAGAAGAGAUACACGCAUGAAUUUAUAUACACGGAAAAGAAAAGAAAAAAAGCAAGGGUGCAAAAUCAAGGCAUUUUGAUCAUGAAUCAAUGGAGACAACAAUUUAUUAGGGGCAAAUAAGAGUGCUUUUGAUUGCUCUUUGCUCCUUUCCCUUUAGGCUCGUUAAUUUAAUUCAAUUCAAUCCAAAAUCAAUACUAGAGUACAUUAUGUUAUUAUUAUUAUUAUCAUGGAUUGAAAACAAGAUUUUGAUUUUGGAAAGUUGAAAAUGUGUAUGCUUAGUAGUUUACCGUUUUUAUUUUAUUUUUUUCUAAUUCAUUUUUGUAAUUUUAAGUGGAUUUUUUUUUGUAAGAAAAAAAUUAUGGUUCAAAAAAGAUUCGUCGAUCGCAUUGUAUGCGGCAAUGCAUCUAGAAAUAGAAUAAUUAUUAACAACUGAAA